AUGACAUCACCUGUGUUUUCAAGGAAUAAGCUUGUAAAUAGUGAUGCUGCCCUUUUAUGGAGAGAAUAUAUUCGUGACGCCGCUGAACGAGCAAUAAGAGCACUUUCCUCUGCAACUUCUGAACCGUCCACCUCGCACCAUGCCAUCAUCAUUCCUACAGCAAAUUAUACCGCGAGAACAGCCGCUACUAUAACAGAAGAUGCUGAAAACCUGAUCCCACUAACUUCAUGGAUUUUCAAGGGUGUAGACUAUGGCAGAGCUGUUCGCAAAAUUCCAGCAAGCUGCCCAACAAAUGUUGACCAGCCUUCCAAGUGGAGAGAUUAUACUGUUCGCUUUGUUCAGCCAGAAUUAUGCGAUGCACAAGUGAUACAGUAUGCUGGUUACUUUGAUCUUGGUAAAGACAUUCAUUAUUACUUUUGGUUUUUUGAAAGUAAAAGCCAACCUUCUUCAAGUCCAUUGACUGUCUGGUUAAAUGGUGGACCAGGAUGUUCAAGCAUGAUAGGUCUAUGGCAAGAAAAUGGGCCUUGUAGAGCAUCAGCAGACGGAUCAAUCGAGCUCAAUCCUCAUAGCUGGACAUUACACUCAAAUAUGCUUUACCUUGAUCAACCUGUAGGUGCAGGUUUUUCAUACGGGGCUGCUAUGAACAUUACAGAUAAUUCACGUCUAUUUUAUGACGCAGUUCAGUUAUUCUAUGAAGCAUUUCCACAAUACAGUACGCUUCCUUUUCAUCUUUUUGGUGAAUCAUUUGCUGGAAGAUACAUACCUGUUUAUGCAGAUUACAUUGUUAAAAGAAAUAGGGAAAAUGGAGCAUUGAGUGUACCUAUUGAAUCUGUUGGAAUUGGAAAUGGCUGGAUCAAUCCAUUAACUCAGUUUAAAUAUGGUUCCACAAUGGCCUGUGGAUCAGAUUAUGGUCCAGUCCUUCCUCCCAAUAGUUGCCACAGGAUGGAUCUGGCGUAUAGACAGUGCGCUCAAUUUAUUCAAGAAUGCUAUGAAACAGACGAUUCACGUGUAUGUUUUCAAGCAGACAAUUACUGUACUAGUAACAUUGAUGGCGUAUUUGGGCAAUCACAUCGAAGUUACUAUGAUAUCAGAAAACCAGAAGGCACUAUCGAGCCCCCACAAGACUACAUUAGCCUUUUAAAUCAAGUGGAUGUACAAAAGGCUAUUGGAGUAAAUCCUAUGAGGUUUGAAGAGUGUGCUAAUGGCCCUUUUUUUACUAUUGCUUCAACGGGAGAAAGUGCAAGAAAUUCAGCUCCUCUUUUGUCCUUUUUGUUAAAUAAUGGAAUCAGAGUAUUAAACUAUGUGGGAGAUGCUGAUUAUUUAUGUAAUUGGUAUGGCAUUUACGCUCUCACCUUGGAACUUGAGCAUAAGGAUGCCAAGCUUUUUGAUGCCCAAAUGCUUAGACCAUGGGUAUAUCAGGGUGUCGAGCUCGGUCAAAUACAGUCUAUAAACAAUUUGGCGUUUAUACGCGUUUAUGAAGCAGGACAUGAGGUCCCGUAUUAUCAACCAGAAGCUGCAUUACUCAUUUUCGAUAAUUGGGUAAACAACAAGGCAUUUUGA